GCAGCAUGGACCUGCUGAUCCCAGACAGGGUCCUGCUGCAGGGCUGGGUCCUUUCUCUGUGACUUUGAACCCUUUCCCUGCUAGGCUAUAUCGGUGCUCGGCCAGAGGGCGGGGGGCACACGGCCCCAGAGGGUGGCACACAGCCCCGGAGGGUGGCACACAGCCCUGGAGGGUGGCACGCAGACCCCUGGGUGGCACGCAGACCCCGCGGCUCACCCCUAACCCCGACCCAGGACACCCCACGGGGCUGCAGGAUGGACCACACGGCGUUCCACGCGUGGCAGCUGUGAAAGUGCCGUGUGUGAAACACUCGCUGAGCCCUCGCUGCUCAUUUGCCUGAGUUUCAGCAUUUCCCCAGAUGCAAAUGCCGUCAGCUCCGGUCCCACCAGGAGUGCCGCCACUGAGAUGGAGGCUCCGCUCCCUGGUCUCUCCCUGCUGCUUCUCCUCCUGGCAGUGGGAUGGGGAAGCGGGAUGGAUGCAGCCUGGGCACCAUCUCCUGGGGGCUGUGAGCUUGUGCAGAGAAUCAUGGACUGUACUGGGAGAUGGCUGAGUUCCAUCCCAGGAAACCUCCGAGGCGAUACCGAGGAGCUGUUUCUUGAUGACAACACUAUCCGUGUCCUGGGCAAUGCCUCCCUGCUCCUGUAUCCCCAGCUCUGGCAUCUCAGCCUGGCCAGGAACCGGCUGGAGCUCAUUGAGGCCGGUGCUUUCCUCAGCAGCCAAGGUCUGGAGGUGCUCUCCCUGACAGACAACCUGCUCUUCACCAACUACUCGCUGACAGCUGCAGCUCUUUCUGCUCUGCCGGCCUUGAGGACGCUGGAUCUGGCUGGAAACCAGCUCAGGGAGGACAUGGUAUCAGUUUUAGUCUCCAACCUCUCUUCCUUGGAGUCCCUGUCUGUGGCCAGGAAUGUCAUCAUGAGGUUGGACUCAUCCAUCUUCACAAACCUGACACAGCUGCUGGAGCUGAACCUGGAGAAGAACUACAUCUUUGAGAUUGACAAUGCUUUCGAAGGGCUGCAGAGGCUGCAGACGCUCAACAUAGCUUACAACUACCUCCCGUGUCUGGUGGGGUUUGGCCUGACCCAGCUCAGGGUGCUCAAUGCCAGCAACAACAUCAUUGAGUGGUUUCUGACCCUGGAAAGUGAUGACCUCUUUGAGCUGGAGGUGCUGGACCUGUCCCACAACCGCCUCCUGUUUUUCCCUGUGCUGCCCCGGCAGAGCAAGCUGCGCUCCUUGCUGCUGCAGGACAACAGGAUGAGCUUCUACCAGCGACUCCCCAACGGCACCUCCCUGGCCAACGUCACCGUGCAGUUCCUGAUCAUCGAUGGCAACUCCACCAACAUCACCACAGUCAGGCUCUGGGAAGAGCUCUGCCACAGCAACCUCUCCUCCCUGCGCCUCCUGGACAUGAGCCAGAACCAGGUCUGGGGGCUGCCAGAUGAUUUCCUGGCCCAGAUGCCCUCCCUGACCCACCUGAAGCUCAACCAGAACUGCCUGGAAGCAUUUCACCUGUCGGAGGAGGAGCCCUUGGCCAAUCUGACAGAGCUGGACCUCAGCCAGAACCAGCUGGUGGAGCUGGGGGUGAAGGUGGGCGUUGGGGAUAUCCUGCCCAACCUGCAGCUCUUCAACCUCAGCACCAACAGGCUGCAGGCUCUUCCUCCCGGGAUUUUCACCCACACCAGGAAGAUCACUACCCUGGACCUGAGCCGCAACCGGGUUCACCUCUGUCCCCAGCCAGGUGAGGCCGAGAGUAUCCCCUGCGUGGACAUCAGGGGUGUGGGGACCUUGAGCCACCUGUCCUUGGCCGGCUGUGGUCUGCAGGGGAUGGGCGGCCGCCCCUUCCAGGGCACAUCGCUGCUGCACCUGGACCUCUCUGACAACCGCCAGCUGCUGUCUGGGGACCUGGGCUGGCUGCAGGACCUGGUCCUGACGCUGCAGGUGCUGUCUCUGCGGAACACCAGCCUCUCCUCCACCGCCUUGGACUUCUCCGCGCUGAGCAGCCUGGAGCGCCUGGACCUCUCCGGGAACUCGCUGGCGGCGCUGCCCGGCUCGCUGGGCGCGCUGAGGCUGCGCAGCCUGGACCUGCGGGACAACUGCCUGCCGGCGCUGCCGCCGGACGUGGCACGGGCGCCGCUGGGGAGCAGCCUGCGGGAGCUCUACCUCAGCGGGAACCCCUACAACUGCUGCACGCUGGGCUGGUGGGACGCCCUGCGGCAGGCGGAGGGGCUGCGUGUCCCCGACGGGCGGGAGGUGACCUGCAGGCACGGCUCGAGGGCGCUGCGCCCCGGAGCGCUGCCCCAGCCCGUGCUGCAGAGCUGCCGCUGGCAGACGGCCGACAUGGCGCUGCUCUACCUGGUGCUGGCUCUGCCCACCUGCCUCACGCUCCUCGUGGCCUUCGUGGUUGUCUUCCUCAUGCUCAAGGAGAAGCUGCUGAAAAUGGUGAAAACGCGCUGUGGGGUGUCCGGCUCCUACUAAUGGCUGAGGAAGGCUUGGGAACAGUCAAUAAUUGGGAGUACAGGUGAUAACCCCUCCGAGGCGGUCAGGAUGGAAAUCUGAGGGAUGCAGGACAGGAGGUGCUGGGAGAGCUGCCAUUCCUGCCCUAGUGGUACCCAAAGUGAUGAUGGAGCCGUGGUGAUGGAGCGCUGGGAAUCCUCAAGGAAUGUGUCUUCAGCAGAAACCUUCAUCUGGUGUUGGUGAGAGCCGAGUGGAUGUGACAUCAAACAUUCCUUGGCUGAAAGGACAGGUUGCCCAGAAAAUCUGUGGAUGCCCCACCUGUGGAAGUGUUCAAGGCCAGGUUGUAGUGG